CAGCUGUUUGCCAGUCGUCACCGGACCGCCGCCGUGGUGUCUGGCGAAGGUCAUUAACGCCGUCGCGAUUGUCGUGUCUCUCUCUCGCCGCCGCUCUCGGUUCCCGUUCGUCACCCCGUAAUUUUUCAGCACCGCGUUCAAAUCGUCCAGUUUCGAGAUGGGGCAAUGAAGGAAGACUCCUGUCAUCUCGCGUGAGUACGCGCCCCGCGCGUAGAAAGACAGAGAAGACAGAGAGAAAGAGAGAGAGAGAGAGAGAGAGAGAGAGGGGGGAGAGAGAGAGGGAGAAAAGAAAGACAAGGAAUGCUCGGUAACGGACGGAAACGGCGAAAUUGAUCGAGGAUUGAUCUCUCGAUUGAUUCGCGAACGGGUGGUCGGCAAGAAAGUAAACACGUCGACAGCGUCGCGCUAGUGAUCGAGAGUGGCGAUUCAUCGAGAUCUCGAAGGGGAGCCGCACGGAGACCAACCGGUUGAAAAAGAGAGUCCUCACGAUGGGCCUGGCAGACGCGGAAAUGGGUAUGGGUGCAGGGGCUGCAGGUGGUCCAGUCCUGACUCUCCCUGGUCCAGGAGUCAACGCCGCCCUUUCGCAAACAUGCGCUAUAUGCAGCGAUCGAGCCACGGGGAAGCACUACGGCGCCGCGUCCUGCGAUGGCUGCAAAGGUUUCUUCCGCCGGUCCGUUAGAAAGAAUCAUCAGUACACGUGCAGAUUUCAAAGGAAGUGCCCGAUCGACAGGGACAAGCGAAAUCAAUGCAGGUACUGCCGACUACGGAAAUGCUUCAGAGCUGGCAUGAAGAAGGAGGCCGUGCAGAACGAAAGGGACCGGAUAAGCUGUCGGCGGCCCAGCAACGAGGACCCGCCUGACAAGAAUAAGGGCCCGUCGAAGGAGGACGUGGUGAAGGCGGAUGCACGCGCCGAAAUGCUCAGCAAGCAAGUUGGCGGGUUAGAGCUUCAGCAGCCAGACAGUCCAAACGAAAUUGAUCUGAGCACCAAGCGGAUAGCUGGGUUAAACGACGUGUGCGAGAGCAUGAAGGAGCAAUUGCUGAUCUUGAUCGAGUGGGCCAAGUGUUUCGACGAGUUCAAAGCGUUGUCGCUGGACGAUCAAGUCGCGUUGCUGAGGGCCCACGCGGGCGAGCACCUGUUGCUGGGGGUGGCGAGGCGUAGCAGGAACUUCACGGACGUGCUGCUGCUCGGCAACGACUGCAUCAUUAUGAGGAACUGUCCUGUAAUAUCGUUGCAAUUUAUAGAGGGAAACAAUCAGCAGGACCUGGACAUCAGCAAGGUGGGCGUCAGGAUAAUGGACGAGCUGGUGAAGCCGUUUCAGAAGAUCAAGAUCGACGACACGGAAUUCGCUUUUCUCAAAGCCAUCGUGUUCUUUGACCCGAACGCGAAAGGAUUGAGCGAUCAGAAGACGGUCCGGGAGCUGCGCCACAACAUCCAGAUAAAGCUCGAGAAUCACAUCAGCGAUCACCGCUGCGAUCUGCCAGGGCACUUUGGCGAUAUCUUGCUAAUGUUACCGGCUCUGCAGUCGAUCUCAUGGCAGAUGGUUGAGCAGAUCCAGUUCGUGAGGCUGUUCGGGGUGGCGCACAUCGACAAUCUGCUGCAGGAAAUAUUCCUGGGCGGCACCACGUCGGAGAUGAACGGCACCGCCACCCCGCUGCCGAUCUCGAACACCGCGCCAGGCAGUUAUAUGAGCAGCAACGAGAGCCCCAGCAGCCCGCUGACGCCGGCGAACACCGGCAACCUGAGCCCGCAAACCGACCAGAUGCCCGUCAUGAUCCUGAGGGACCUCACGCCGAACCAGGACUUCAGAUACUUCAAGCAAGAGCCCAGCCUCGAGCCCGAGACCAGCUUCUGACUAGCUCCGGCAACUGAGCUCACUGUUGGAUAGUCAACGACGUUCUGCUCAAAAAUUGUUGCUCAAUUAAUAAAACAGCGCGUAUUAUGUUAGUCGAAUGAAAUGUAAUCGUUGACAUUGGUCCGUAAAAUAAAGCGGGGUGGGAGGGAGAGACGAAAGAUCGAUGCACGCGUUGCAACAUGUGAGAGGAGUUAGCGCGAGAGUAUCCAGAUGUACAUGAUUAUAUAACGACGCGGCAUGCUGUGGUCGUGUUAUCUAGUUGCGACUCACGAUUAGCCAAGGCCCGCACCUGUACAGAUAACGAUUAAUUUGCCGACCAAGACGAAUGUGAUAAGCGAUAAGAUCGUGUCUUGCCACUAUUAUUGUUAUUAUUACUGUUGCGACAGUAUUCGGGCCGUUUCCGAAGUCCGGAUCAGGACUGGAGGGAUAAUGCGUGUAAUACAACUGUGCAAUUAAUAAUAAUAAUUAUUAGCGACCAAUUUGGAACAGGGACUGAAACCGGAGGCAAUCUCGGUGAAUUCUCGUUGUAAAGAAAAAGAACUCUUAUAGCCUGAUUGCACCAUUUUCAUCGCAUCUGACCAACAAAGCUCGAUUUUCAAUUUGCUAUUUUACGACAUCGAAAUUUGAAUUCAUCGAAAUAUAAUAUCGGUUUCAAACCCUUAUUUAAAGAAUAGAUUGUAAGGCCAUAACCGACUAUUAUAGGAAACAUCAAGCAUUGAUGUAACGAGAAAUAUCUAUAUUUUUUUCUACUAUUCUGCUCAGUCCGAAUCGGGUGAAUAGCGUCACUGUAGUUCGUGAUGUAGUGUAAAUAGAUGCAGCAAUGUAUAACAAUAUGUAUAACAUUCCAAGAGAGUAUGUAGCUGUAUCGAUGUAAGCGUUAUAGAUAGUCUUAAAAUAACUAAUGAGACACGCGCGCUAACGUAAUAAUUGAGCGCGGGUUCUCUGCAAAAUGAAAAGUGCGCCAUUGCAAUGCAAUUUACCGUUAGUAGUGAUGAGGGGUACACAGGCGGUUGGCCAUUUUAUGCAUGCGAAUGCCGAGCGGUGAGCCGGUCUGCCACAGUGGCCUGUGCCUAAUCAAAAAAUGGCUAGUGCAUCUUAUCGCGGUGUUUAGUCUUUAGCGAAUUGUCAACACUGACAUUAUGGCCGGAUAGAAAGCAAUAGCAUAAUAAUCAGAUAACAAGUAAAGUUAAUGAGAUAGAGAAGUAUGAUGAGAGUACGAAUUAUAACGUAAUUAUAAAUGUACAUCGAUCGCUCGGAAAUCUAUAAUUAUGAUAUGCAAGAACAAUUGUAAACUAUGAGAACAAUCAUGUGGAAGUACGACUCGAGACGGAUCGGCGAAUCGCUUCCAUUUCGAAAAUAUCUAACAGGCCUGAUAAGAGUUGGUUUUGAUCUAGAAGAUUUACGCAACAUAUGUGCGUAAUCGAAAUUUGCAAAUAAUUUUAUUUGCGAGUGUUAUCUCUUUUUUUCUUAUCUAAAUUUGACUAUAAUUUGAUUUUCUAUCGUUGUAAUAAUUUUAUAAAUAUACUACAUUUGCAUUACUAUAUUCUGUAUGGUUCUUCAUGACAUGUAUUCAGUGUCACAUGCAUAUAAACAAAGUUUCACAACACAUAACGCUAUACAAAAAAAGACAUAUAUUUUAAUAUAAGUCGUAGAUACUGCAAAUUAGCUCGGCAAAUAUAUUUUAUAUUUUUGUACGAAGAGUUUAAUAAAUAUUAACGUUUAAUAUAAGGUAUAAAGUAGCGCAAGAGAAAAGAAAACGCGUACAAUUAUCAUUGUUAAUAAAAAAUCGAUAUUCCACUGGAAAGUGUAAUAUAUUAGUGUUUCAUCGUAUAUAUAUUUACUAAGGUAUAUAACAAUUUUUAGUCAUGGGUUGUGAAAUAGAUAUUACCACUUUUUGUUGUACGAUUCUUUAUAUAUAUAUAUAUCUAUAUAUAUAUAUUGUUGACAGUUCGAAUGUGACUGAUUCCACAUGCAAGAUACAUAUGUAUAUAAACAUAUAUAUAUCAUUUUUAAUUGUUAUUUAAUAAGUAAUAAGUUACACAGAUAUAUUUGUAUCUUUAAAUAAAGGGAUAUGUAGUUUCAAUGUAUAAGACAAUAAAUUGUAUUUAAUAUUA